UUGUGAGCUCAUAUUACUUAUCGUUUUCACACAAAGUAUUAAUCUCCUCCCCCAUAAACAGUAGUCUGCCUGAGGCUUCUUCAUCGGCCUUUGUUGGAUUGAUUUCCCAAGAUUUCUUUUGGUCCUAAGCCAAUGGAUUCUGCACCAACCGCACCUCCGCGAAAAAUUCGUCAAAAGAGAAAUCCAGGACCCUACAAGGGUGUUCGAAUGAGAUCAAUGGGCAGAUGGGUCUCAGAAAUACGGAUUCCAAAAACCAAGACUAGGAUAUGGUUGGGUUCCUAUGAUGCACCAGAGAAGGCAGCUCGAGCCUAUGAUGCUGCCUUAUACUGUGUUCGUGGUGUGCGAGGGCUUUUCAAUUUUCCAGCUGAUAAAAAGCCGGAGCUUCCAGAUGCGUUGGUGGGUUCAUUGUCAAAAAAUGCUAUCAAGGCAAUUGCAGAAAGCUUUGCUUCCUUGAAUGCGUUGGUGCCACCGCCAAUAUCUACUCCAAUGACAGCCCCGAUGCCCUCGAAUAUUUCAGUCUUGCCUGAUACAACAGUUUUAAGCGAAAUGGAUGUUGCAUGCCAGGCAAUGGAUGACUUGUUGGCCACACCCAGUGCUCCAGCGAUGGCUACCAUUUUGCCUGAGAGUUUGCAGCUGGAUGACUUGAUCUUGGAUGUUGACUUGAUGAAGGAGUUCAUCCACUAAUUAAUAUAUGUUGUCGAUAUAUCUACUCUUAUAAUUAUGGCCGUUCUUGUGUCCUUUGGAAACUCUUUCUGAUAUGGAACAUUUUUCCUAAGAAGCUUGUUUCCAGAAAUGGACUAGAACUCCGCGAAUAAAUUCUCUAUUCAGACAAGGAAAUGAAAUCUUCUUAUUUUUUAUUUUAUAAA